GUUCCAUGUUCUAAGUUCCCCCUCAGCUCCGACAUCCUGUGUCCUGUGAGGCUCCAGUGACCCUCGGAGCCCCGUGCCGAUGCCCUAGCCGAGGAGAUGAAUGAUGGCCAGGAAUUCCUACUGGGAGGACCUGCCACAGAGGAUGGUGCCUACUUCCUGACAGAGAGAGGAGAGAAAUAAGGAGAGCGUCGCGCCUGCUGAGCCUCCCCGGACGCGCCAGCCAUGCCCGGGAUCGUGGUGUUCCGCCGGCGCUGGUCUGUGGGCAGCGAUGACCUCGUCCUGCCCGCCAUCUUCCUCUUCCUCCUCCACACCACCUGGUUUGUGAUCCUCUCGGUGGUGCUCUUCGGCCUGGCGUACAACCCCGACGAGGCGUGCUCGCUCAACCUGGUGGACCACGGCCGCGGCUACCUGGGCAUCCUCCUGAGCUGCAUGAUCGCCGAGAUGGCCAUCAUCUGGCUGAGCAUGCGGGGCGGCAUCCUGUACACGGAGCCCCGCGAGUCCAUGCAGUACGUGCUCUACGUGCGCCUGGCCAUCCUGCUGAUCGAGUUCAUUUACGCCAUCGUGGGCAUCGUCUGGCUCACCCACUACUACAACUCCUGCAACGACGUCACCGCCAAGAACGUCACCCUCGGAAUGGUUGUCUGCAAUUGGGUCGUUAUCCUGAGCGUCUGCAUCACUGUCUUUUGUGUCUUUGACCCCACGGGACGGACCUUCGUCAAACUGAGGGCCACCAAGAGGAGGCAGAGGAACCUUCGGACAUACAACCUGCGGCACCGCCUCGAAGAAGGCCAGGCCACCAGCUGGUCCCGCCGCCUCAAAGUGUUCCUGUGCUGCACGCGGACGAAGGACUCGCAGUCGGAUGCCUACUCCGAGAUCGCCUACCUCUUUGCGGAGUUCUUCCGGGACCUGGACAUCGUGCCGUCCGACAUCAUCGCGGGGCUGGUGCUUCUGCGCCAGAGGCAGCGCUCCAAGCGCAACGCGGUCCUGGACGAGGCCAACAAUGACAUCUUGGCCUUCUUGUCGGGGAUGCCCGUCACCAGAAACACCAAAUAUCUGGACCUCAAGAACUCGCAAGAGAUGCUUCGCUACAAAGAGGUCUGCUAUUACAUGCUCUUUGCCCUGGCGGCCUACGGCUGGCCCAUGUAUCUGAUGCGGAAACCCGCCUGUGGCCUCUGCCAGCUCAUCCGAUCCUGCUCGUAAGUGGGGGAGCCACCCCAGCCUUUCUCUUCACCCCACCUUCCUUUCUGGGCUUCUGUAGCUCCCUUCUUGCUCUCUUCCCUCCUUCCUUCCUUCCCUCCUUCCCUUCCACCCUCCCUCCCUUCCUUCCUUCCUUCCUUCCUUCCUUCCUUCCUCCCUCCUUUCCUACCUCCCUUCCUCCCUUCCUACUUUCCUUCACUCCUUCCUUCUUUCCUUCCUUUCCUCCCUUCUUCCCCAUCUUCCUUCCUUCCUUCCUUCCUUCCUUCCUUCCUUCCUUCCUUCCUUCCUUCCUUCCUUCCUUCCUUCCUUCC